GAUGUGGACUAGAUAGUGCCACCAGUGCCACCAGUGUCACCAGUGUCACCAGUGUCUAAUGUUGUGUUGUGGUGAGAGGAGGAGACGAAGGACCUUCUGCUAUGUGUAGUUCCCUAGGGCAUGACACUACGGCCCGCCCUGGCGCCUGUGCUCAGUUCCCACAUAUACGGAGUUACAUGUAGGUUACGUUAGGCUUGCUGACGUAUUUACCUUCCGGUGGUGAACGUCGGACGAAGCCACUGCGCUACAGAGAACCACAGGUAGGAACCGGGGGUACGGUAAUGUAAACAAAAUUAGAAAGACAGAUGAAGUGAGCCCCCGUGACCAGCAUCCCACCUACCAUGAACAAGGCUCUAGAGCCUAGUGUGACCCUUGGCAGCGGCGUGCCCUUAGAAGGAAGCGACUUACUGGCUCCAGGCGCACCGGUGGCAGUCAUGAGCGAGGAGGACCGCCUGACGGUGGAGUCCCACUCCCUCGACGUUACCGUCUGGCUUCUCAUUCUCUGCAUCUUCACCUUCUUCUUCAUCAUCAUUGUCGCCGUCAUCUGCAUGCAGUGGAUGGAGCGAAGGAGGGAACUGAGACGGAAGAAGAGAAACGACCUGACGCGAAUCCUUACCCUCUCCUUCAAGUCCCGACGACCAGGAGGGUCCCCGGGUCGUGCUGGAGGGCGUGCUGGAGGUCGUGCUCCUGGGGGAGGAGGUGUUGGAGGACGAGGUGGGGGCGUCGCCAGGAGUAGUGAGAGAAAUGCCGAGAAUGAGGGAGAAGAGAGUGAUGGUGAGGGUAGGGCUAGAGGGAGAAGUGAGGGAGGAAGUAGUGAAGGUGGUAGACCGUCAUUUCUACACCAUGGUUGCUACUCCAACCUCGCCCUCCAGGUGUCCUGCUCCUCCUUGGCUGAGAAGGACGGUGCCCCUCCGCCUCAAGGGAGCGUCACUCACCCCAGGGUUGAUCCUCCACUCAGUGCCCCGAGGGAGGAGCAGGCCAGCCAGCCAGCUGCUCAGGCCAAGCACUGAGCAUCAAGCCUUGUCUCGCGAGCUUGUCUCGCGAGCUUGUCUCACGGGCUUGUCUCACGGGCUUGUCUCACGGGCUUGUCUCACGGCCUUGUUGUAUCAUGCAAGCUCAUCUCCUCGUCUUGUUCUGUACCUCCCACCGGCGCCCCUCCCUCUAACUGUAUCUUACAAGCCUCUGUAUGUGUUCCUGUAUCUGAAUAUAAGCCCAUAAGUCGAUGUGUAUAAAAUUUUUGUAUUUUGACCUGUAUUUGUAUAUAUUAUAGCACCUCUUCCUGUACUAGUGGCUCUUUACCUUAAUUUAAUGGGGCUGCCCUCCACCCCUGUAACCUAAAGGGGCUGCCCUCCACCCCUGUAACCUAAAGGGGCUGCCCUCCACACCUGUAACCUAAAGGGGCUGCCCUCCACCCCUGUAACCUAAAGGGGCUGCCCUCCACCCCUGUAACCUAAAGGGGCUGCCCUCCACACCUGUAACCUAAAGGGGCUGCCCUCCACACCUGUAACCUAAAGGGGCUGCCCUCCACGCCUGUAACCUAAAGGGGCUGCCCUCCACACCUGUAACCUAAAGGGGCUGCCCUCCACACCUGUAACCUAAAGGGGCUGCCCUCCACACCUGUAUCCUAAAGGGGCUGCCCUCCACGCCUGUAACCUAAAGGGGCUGCCCUCCACACCUGUAACCUAAAGGGGCUGCCCCUCCACGCCUGUAACCUAAAGGGGCUGCCCCUCCACACCUGUAACCUAAAGGGGCUGCCCUCCACCCCUGUAACCUAAAGGGGCUGCCCUCCACACCUGUAACCUAAAGGGGCUGCCCUCCACACCUGUAACCUAAAGGGGCUGCCCUCCACACCUGUAACCUAAAGGGGCUGCCCUCCACCCCUGUAACCUAAAGGGGCUGCCCUCCACACCUGUAACCUAAAGGGGCUGCCCUCCACACCUGUAACCUAAAGGGGCUGCCCUCCACACCUGUAACCUAAAGGGGCUGACCUCCACACCUGUAACCUAAAGGGGCUGCCCCUCCACCCCUGUAACCUAAAGGGGCUGCCCUCCACACCUGUAACCUAAUGGGGCUGCCCUCCACACCUGUAACCUAAAGGGGCUGCCCUCCACACCUGUAAACUCGUUCUGCUGCUCAGCCCCAAAAUAUUAACAUAUUUAACAUUUAUUUUUAUUCUUUUGUAGAAAUAAUAAUUAACAAAGUAUCCAGAAAUAUUCGUUCUAAUUCUGAAGGGAAAAUACGGUAUAAUCUAUUGAUUUAUUUUUUAAACUGUCUUGUAUUUUAUUUAUAUCCAACUAUACAAGGUGUGCAUAUACAUAUAUUGUGUACAUGUUGCUGAGUUAUACAUAGUGUUCCCCUGUCUACAGCCUAUAUGCAGUAGUCCAUGUAUACAAACUGCAUUGUCCAUGUAUACAAGCUGCAUUGUCCAUGUAUACAAACAGUGUUUUAUAAAGUACCAAUAAAAUAUAAUAAAGUAACGUUCAGAAGAAAAAAAUACAUCUCAUGAACUAAUAAACAAAUAAUUUAUACAAUAAGUAAACAAAACAAUGAAAUAAAGAAAAUAAAACAAUCAGGAUUGUAUACUGUUAGUAAUGGUCACGUAACUAUUGGCAGACUGUAACACGUACAGUAACCAGCCUUGUAACGAAGCUUUGUAACCAGCCUUGUAACGAAACUUUGUAACCAGCCUUGUAACGAAGCUUUGUAACCAGCCUUGUAACGAAACUUUGUAACCAGCCUUGUAACGAAGCUUUGUAACCAGCCUUGUAACGAAACUUUGUAACCAGCCUUGUAACGAAGCUUUGUAACCAGCCUUGUAACGAAACUUUGUAACCAGCCUUGUAACGAAACUUUGUAACCAGCCUUGUAACGAAGCUUUGUAACCAGCCUUGUAACGAAACUUUGUAACCAGCCUUGUAACGAAGCUUUGUAACCAGCCUUGUAACGAAACUUUGUAACCAGCCUUGUAACGAAGCUUUGUAACCAGCCUUGUAACGAAGCUUUGUAACCAGCCUUGUAACGAAGCUUUGUAACCAGCCUUGUAACGAAGCUUUGUAACCAGCCUUGUAACGAAGCUUUGUAACCAGCCUUGUAACGAAGCUUUGUAACCAGCCUUGUAACGAAACUUUGUAACCAGCCUUGUAACGAAACUUUGUAACCAGCCUUGUAACGAAACUUUGUAACCAGCCUUGUAACGAAGCUUUGUAACCAGCCUUGUAACGAAACUUUGUAACCAGCCUUGUAACGAAGCUUUGUAACCAGCCUUGUAACGAAACUUUGUAACCAGCCUUGUAACGAAACUUUGUAACCAGCCUUGUAACGAAGCUUUGUAACCAGCCUUGUAACGAAACUUUGUAACCAGCCUUGUAACGAAGCUUUGUAACCAGCCUUGUAACGAAACUUUGUAACCAGCCUUGUAACGAAGCUUUGUAACCAGCCUUGUAACGAAGCUUUGUAACCAGCCUUGUAACGAAGCUUUGUAACCAGCCUUGUAACGAAGCUUUGUAACCAGCCUUGUAACGAAGCUUUGUAACCAGCCUUGUAACGAAACUUUGUAACCAGCCUUGUAACGAAACUUUGUAACCAGCCUUGUAACGAAACUUUGUAACCAGCCUUGUAACGAAGCUUUGUAACCAGCCUUGUAACGAAGCUUUGUAACCAGCCUUGUAACGAAGCUUUGUAACCAGCCUUGUAACGAAACUUUGUAACCAGCUGUAUAGCAAACAGUGUAACAAGACUUGUAAACAAACAAUUAUAAACAAAAUAUGGGAGGUAACCUUUGUUAUCAUUCUCCGUUCUUCAGACCAAAUGGUAUGAGGUACUUUGAGCUCUGUAAUUACUUCAUACACUUAGGAAUAUUGGAAGAUAUUCUUGUGCUGUACCCAGAUUUUCCCAGUGGGGGCUAAUAGAUCAGCCUUACAUAUUUUAUUCUCUCCUGAUAAUAUG